AUGCGAACAUCAUUAAAUGGACCAUCAAAAACGACUUCAUAUGAAAUACUUGUGUAUACAGGUGACAAAAGAGGUGCCGGUACAGAUAGUCAAGUUUAUAUAACAUUACUUGGAAAAGAUGGAAAACAAACAGGAAAAAUUCAUUUAAAAAAUUCUAACAAUAAAAAUCCAUUUGAACGAAAACAAACAGAUAAAUUUUGCGUUAAAGGUGAAUAUAUUGGAGAAUUAGUUAAACUUCGUAUUGAACAUGAUAAUACUGGUCGAUCAUCUGGAUGGUUUCUUGAUCAAAUUGUUGUGACAGAUCUUAAUGAUCUAAGAACAAAAUAUAUUGCAACAUGUAAUAAAUGGUUAGCAAAAGAUGAAGGUGAUCGACAGAUAUCUCGAGAACUUUUAUUAAAUAAACAAGCUAGUGGAAUAAAAAACAAUAAUCAAUAUAAAAUAACAGUUUAUACUGGAAAUAAAAAGAGCGCUGGAACAGAUGCUGAUGUAUUUAUUACUCUUUAUGGUAAUUUAGGUGAAACAAGUGCGAUUAUGCUUGACAAUAAAAAGAAGAAUUUUGAAGCUGGACAAAAAGAUGAAUUUACAAUUGAAUGUCCAACUGUUGGUGAAUUAAAUAAAAUUUUAAUCGCACAUAAUAAUAAAGGUUUAGCAUCUGGUUGGUUUUUGGAUCGAAUAUUAAUUGAAGAUCUUAAUAAAUAUCGUAUAUAUGAAUUUCCAUGUAAUAGAUGGUUAGCAAAAGAUGAAGAUGAUAAACAAAUAUCUCGUGUUCUUUUUCCAAUAAAAUCAACUGAUCAUGGAAAAGAACCAACAACAGCUAUAUUUACAGAUGUUGGUAUUUCAUAUACUAUAACAGUUUAUACGGGCGAUAAGAAAAACGCUGGUACGGAUGCACGAGUUUAUAUAGUUAUGCAUGGUAAAAAUUCAUCAUCAAAUAAAAUAUACUUAAGCAAUGGAAAAUUUGAAAAAAAGUCUGUCGAUAAAUUUACAAUUAAUGCUCCAAAUGAUCUCAGUCCAUUGACAGCAUUGGAUAUUGGACAUGAUAAUAGUGGAAUUGGAUCUGGAUGGUAUCUUGAUAAGGUUGUCGUCGAAUGUCCAAGUACAGGUAUUAAACAAACAUUUCUAUGCAACAAUUGGUUAGCUGAUGAUGAAGGUGAUAAACGCAUUGAACGUCGAUUAAAAGAAGAUUUAUCAUUACGUCAAAUUCAUCCACAAACUAUUCCAUGGCACAUAUGGGUAUAUACAAGUGAUAAGAAAGGAGCAAGUAAAAAUGCUCAAGUGAUUCUUGUUCUUUAUGGUCAGAAUGGAAAAUCAAUAGAUAUUAAAUUAGAAAAGAGUUCAAAUACAUUACAACAAGGUCAUUGUGAUCAAUAUGAAGCUGAUAUAAAUGAUGUUGGUAUACCAUUUAAAUUACGUGUUAGUCUUAAUAAUCAAAGUUUAUCUACAUCAUGGCGCCUUGAUCGAAUUGAAAUGGACAAUCUUAAAACAAAUCAACGAUAUACAUUUCAUUGUGGACGAUGGUUAUCGAAAACAGAAGAUGAUAAACAAAUUAUUCGAGAAUUACCAGCUGAAGGACCAGGAAUAUCAAGACUAUUACCUGUUGUUCAAUAUAUAGUUGAUGUGUAUACAGGAAAUAAGAAUAGUGCUGGUACAGAUGCAAAUGUUUUUAUUAAUAUUUAUGGUGAAUGUGGUGACACAGGAGUACGGUUAUUAGAACAUUCAUUACUAAAAAAUAAAGAUAAAUUUGAAAAAAAUCAAGUUGAUAGUUUUGUUAUUGAAGCUGUUUUAUUAAAAGAAAUACGAAAAAUUCAAAUCGGUCAUGAUGGCACGGGAUCACAUUCUGGAUGGUUUUUAAAUAAAGUUGUCAUUCGUCAACAAGAUCAACAUUAUGAACCAGCAACAUUUAUUUGUAAUAGAUGGCUUGCUGUUAAUGAAGAUGAUGGACAAAUUGUUCGGGAAUUAACAGCAACACAACAUUUAGAUAAAACAACAUAUAAUGUUAAAAUAAAAACUGGUGAUAUUUUUCAAGCUGGUACUGAUGCUGAUGUACAUUUGAAAAUAUUUGGUAAAAACAGUAGUACAGAUAAAAUUCAACUUAAAACAACUAACAAUACAAAAGCUCAAUUUGAACGUGGAUGUAUUGACAGUUUUGCAUUUGAAUUUGAUGAUCUUGGCAAAAUUGAACAUAUACUUAUUGGACAUAAUGGAAAAAAUCCUGGUGCAGGAUGGUUUCUUGAUUGGAUUGAAAUUGAUGUACCAGUACGUCAAGAACUUUAUAGAUUUGUCUGUCAUCGUUGGUUAGAUAAGCAAGAAGGUGAUGGAAAAAUUGAACUUGAUCUAACACCAUCUGAUAUAAUUAAAAAACCAAGUCUUAUUCCAUAUGAAAUAACAAUUUUUACUGGUGACAUAGCUGGUGCUGGUACAGAUGCGAAAAUAUUUAUUCAAAUAUAUGGUUUAUAUGAUAAAACAGAAGAAAUUCUUCUGAAAAGUAAAUCUAAUUCAUUUGAAAGAAAAUCGAUUGAUAAAUUUAAAAUCGAAGCUGCCGAUAUAGGACCAAUUGAAAAAAUUCGAAUUGGUCAUCAUUCAGAAAAUUUUGGUGCAGCAUGGUAUCUUGAAAAAAUACUUAUUCAACGAUAUUUAAAUUCUAAAUCGGAUCGAUCAAAAUAUCAAAGUCAAAUUACUAGUACAUCAAAUCCAAAUGUUGAAGAAUAUUGGUUUAUUUGUCAACAAUGGUUUGAUAAAGGACAAGGUGAUAAACAAACUAUUCGAGAAUUAUUACCAAUUCAUGAAAAUAGAAAUACAUUAAGUAAUCAAAAAGAAUUAUCUUAUCUUGUACAUGUUUUUACGGGUGAUAAAAGUAGUGCUGGUACAGAUGCAAAUGUUUUUCUUACAAUCUAUGGUGAAAAUAAAAAUUCAGGUGAACGUCAAUUAACAAAAUCAAAAACAAAUUCAAAUCCAUUUGAACGAAAACAAGAAGAUAUUUUCGAAAUCAAAGCUCGAGCAUUGGGAAAAUUAACAAAAAUUAAAAUUCGACAUGAUAAUAAAGGACUUGCUUCUGCAUGGUAUCUUGAUCGUAUUGAAAUUGUUGAUCCUGAAACUGGUCUUCGAUAUUAUUUUAUAUGUGAAAAAUGGUUAGCGUCUGAUGAAGGUGAUAAAAUGAUAUCACGUGAAAUUUAUGCACUUGAAAAUAAAACACGUCAUCCAUCACCUGUACGUCAAAGCAAAAUUGCAUUAAUUAAAUCAAAAACAAAUAAAGAUCCAUUUGAAAAAGGUCAUAAAGAUCUAUUUGAAAUUGAAACUCUAGAUAUUGGUCAACCAAAAAGGAUUAAAAUUGGUUAUGAUGAUUCAGGUUUUGGAUCAGAUUGGUUAUUAGAAUGUGUAGAAAUUGAUAUACCAAAAUUAGGUCAUACAUGGAUAUUUCCAUGUGGAAAAUGGAUAAGUAAAACAAAAAAUAAUUCUCAAGUAGAUGUUGAAUUAUAUCCAAUUGAAACUUCAACUAGAGUUAAAACAUCAUAUGUUCCAUAUGAAAUAAAAGUUUAUACAUCAAACAUUUAUCGUGCAGGAACAGAUGCUAAUGUUUAUAUUCAAAUUUAUGGUCUUAAAAACUCAACUGAUCAAGUUAUGUUAUGCAAUACAACAGAUCGACAAGGAAAAUUUCAAAUGGGUUCUAUUGAUACUUUUAUACUUGAACUUGAAGAUGUUGGAGAUUAUAUUGAAAAAAUUCGUAUUGGGCAUGAUAAUCGUGGUUUUAGUACAGCAUGGCAUUUGGAUCGUGUUGAAAUUCGUCGAUUAAUUAAAGGUCAAAAGACAAAAAGAUAUGUAUUUCUAUGUAAUCGUUGGUUUGCUGAUGAUGAAGAUGAUGGAUCUAUUGUACGUGAACUUGUUCCAGAAAAUUUUCUUGAAGAAAAACUUCCUAAAAAAUAUAUAGUGGAUGUUUAUACAGGUGAUAAAUUUGGUUUUGGCAAAGAUGACAAUAUUUUUUUAACAAUUUAUGGAGAUAAAGAUUAUACACAUGAACAUGAAUUAGUACAUUCUCAAACAAAUAAAAAUAAAUUUGAAAAACAACAAAUCGAUAGAUUUAUAAUUGAAAGUAAUGAUUUAGGAAAUAUUUAUAAACUUAAAAUUCGACAUAAUAUUAGUGGAAUGUUAAGUGAUUGGUUUUUAGAAAAAAUUGAAAUUAAAGAUGAAAGACAAACAUAUGUAUUUAAUUGUGAACAAUGGUUAGCAAAGGAUAAAGGUAUUUCAAAAUGUGAACAAAUAAUUUAUGAAAAAAAUUAUCAAAAUUCAAUGAAAGGUACAGGAUCUGCGUCUCGUUUAACUGAAGAAUGUAUUUCUUAUAUUAUUAAAAUAAAAACUGGCGAAAUAUUAGAUGCUGGUACAUCAGCAAAUGUGUUUAUUCGUUUAAUUGGUUCCAAAGGUCGUCAGACAUCUAUGAUGCGACUAGAAGUAACGAAUCGACGACGUUUUGAAUCAGGAAGUGUUGAAACAUUUUCAUUCGAAGAUCCUGAUAUUGGUGAUGUAGAAAUGAUUGAAAUUGAACAUAAUGGUGAUACAUUAGCUGAUAGUUGGUUUCUUGAUGGUGUUAUUGUUGAAAUGCCAACAAAAGGACGAAUAUUUUAUUUCGUUUGUAAUGAUUGGUUAUCAAAAUAUAAAGGUGAUCGAAGAACUAAACGUAUACUUAAAGUACAAGAUUUAAAUAAAACAUCAUUUCGUUCAUUAAAGAUCUAUACAGGACAUAUUGAACAUGCUGGUUGUGAUUCCGAUGUUAGUUUGAAAUUAUUUGGUACAUUAGGUUCAUCAUCGGAAUGUAUGAUAAAAAACCAUGGCGAUGCUUUUGAACAAUCAGCUAUUGAUGCAUUUCAAGUAGGGUACAGAUUAUUGUUUGUUUUUCUGUUUCUUAUCUUUCUUUUUUAUUUCAAACCUGAAAUAAUAAUAAAUACAUUUGCAUCACAAUUUAUACCAUCUAUAUCACUUGUUUUAGUUAUUACACGAUAA